AUGUGUUAUGUGAUCACCUGUUUCGGCUUCUCCGUGCUCACCUGCCGCUACGUGGGCUUCUCCGUGGUGGCCCUGAUGGUGGAGAUAAACUCUGUGUUCCUCCACCUCAGGCAAAUGCUGCGUAUGGCCGGCAACGCCACGAGCACGCUGUACCGUGUCAACAGCAUCAUCAACCUGGGCACGUACGUGGUGUUCCGCAUCAACACGCUGGCCUGGAUGACCCGCUGGCUGGUGCUCAACAGGGACAACGUGCCGCUCAUGGCCUACACUCUGGGCAGCGUCGGCAUGGCCGUCAUGACGGUCAUGAAUAUCGUGCUGUUCUGUCGGCUACUCAGGAGCGACUUUUUGAAGAGCAGCACCCGGGAGAACAAGAAGGAGAAGGAUAUGUAGAGAAGAGGGGAAGGAUUAUGAUAAAUACACAGACUCAUUAUUGUAUGUUAACGCCCUGUGGCUGAGAUUUGGCAGCUUGUGUGUAAUAUACCUAAAGCUAGGAAAUCUUUUUAAAUCUCUGAUACUGUAUAGGUACAUGCACACAAGUAGUACUUAAAUGUCCUGACAUCAAACACAGAUUACACCGGUCAAUAUGUUAAAGAAACAUUUAGUUGUUGUUUUAAAUGUAGGCUUGUGUAUUUGUGUGUGGUUUAAUCAUCUCUAUCUGCCAGUAGUGGCUCACUAAUGGUAAAUGGAGGGUUCUUUUAUGUAGGGUCUGUUAUGUUCUUUUAUUAAUGUAUAUGUGAUCCCUUGAAAAACAACAUCCAACGCCUUAUUUCCCACAGGGUGUUUAAGCUAAAUCUGUCCUAAAAUGUAGCUUAAGUGAAGAAGCACUGUUCAUUACAGAAACCGGCCAACAAUCCUUUAUAUUUCCAUAGAAAAUAUCUUAACAAUAACAUUUUAUUUAUACAUUAUAUGAUACUGUUGUGGGUUUUUUCACAUCUCUCUCCGCAAAAGUCUUUUUUAAUCCAACACGUCCUCUACCGAAAACUGCCUGCAACCUCAGAAAGCUUUUAACAAUGAUUUGGCUCAUUCUUACACAAGUUUGCUUUCAGUUUUCAGUUAUUUUUUAAAGCAGAAAAAAUUGUACAUAAAAACGAUAUUUCUCUGCAAGCAUAUAAAGCAGGAUAGAAACAGUAUGGGUGAAUACUUUGAAGUAACAAGUGGGCCUACAUAAAACAGAUCAGGAUCGAUCACAAAAUGCAGUACAGCUUGUUAUAUUGUAACCAAACACUUAAAGUUGUGAAUGCUUUUGCCAAAUUGUAUUAAAAUAGGACAAGUAAAUAAAAAAUCAUGAACCAAACAGCAAAAAAUAAGUCCUACAUAAGAUAAAUCUUUAUUGUUUUUGGUGUUACAGCAGCAUAAUGAAAGACAAAGAAGUUAGCACGAAAGAUUAGCAGGAUUUAAAUGUAUAGUAUACAUAUAUUUCCAGUAUAAACCUCAUUCUUAAAAAAUAAUCUGCUGUAUUUUUCACUCCUUGAAACCUGUGAAAUGGAAACAGUACAAGCUGAAUGAGCAUAAGAAUUGCUCCAAGAUACUGACACAAAUAUUUGUAAUGUUAUUAAUAUAUGACGUUCGUGGUGAAGUGAGUUUGCCGUAGUUUUCAGACAGGCGGAGAUGUUUUUCUUCAUUUGGCCUUUAGGGGGCAGCACACUCCUCCACAUCCCCUCUCAAGAACAUCAGAGGCGUCUUUGUUUUGUAACGUCUUUGUAGACGUGGGCCUCCUGCCUCUUUUAUAUGCCUGAAGAAAUACAGAAAUCAAUCCUGGUCUUGAGAUCUGUGAUUACAGCAAACCUCACACACGGCUGCUCUAACCACUAUUCACAGCAUCCCAGUGCUCAUGUGACACUACGCAUGAAAAAAUCUGCAGCCAUUUAUGUUUUGCUUUGUGGUUUUCUGUGUGAAAUCAUUGUUUUGGGGGUAUUUGUUUAAUUUAUUUUUACUCGAAAGAAGUUAUUGAAUGUUUUGAUUAUAGUGAAACUGACAUGAUUGCGUGAGUCGUGGAUCAUGGUGAGAAACAUGUUGUCAAUAUAGCUCACAAAAUGACAAACACAGUCUUUAAAUCUUUGUCAACGUUAACAUUAAGACUUAAAUUCACUAAAGAAACGGCACUGAUUCGGAGGGAGACAGUUACAUUUUGAUUAUUGUUGUCCCGAUUGAUAUUAGGAUCAAAAGUAACUGCCUUUUGAAAUGAUAUUCUGAAUGUGGAUUUGUAAUUUUGUUUUCUUUUAUUAUUUUUCAACGCUUCAGGCAGCUUUACUUUUUGUUUGUAGUGAAGACACCUGUUGACAUUUGAAGUUCCUUCUCACAACUGAGCUCAUAUUUGUGAAUAUUUUAAAGUUGUAUUGGAAUUGGAAUUAUACACGAUGUUGUGCUUUUUAGGAAUUGUGAUGAAAUAUAGCAAUGAAGUCUGAACUUUAAAUUAUGAUUGGCCCCAGGCUGCAGGAUUAUUAUAUGGUGUUAUAUUUGUGGGUAGUGAACACAAGAACAUUUUAGGAGAAAGUGGCAGCAGUUAUUAAGUUGUGUUGCCAUACACAGUUAAUGUGCAUUGAUCUCCCAGAAUCUGAUUAUUUAUCACACCCAACAAAUCAUACCAGUUUUAUUCCGUUGCUUGUUCAUUUGGCUUCUCUUUUUAACUUUCUGGUGGUUGGUGAAAUAUUGUCUAUUGUUAAGUAUGAAAAAAGGAAAUUCAUAACAACAGUGAAGACUAUUGACACUGUGCCUCAUGUCUAAGACCUGAAACAUCUGAAUAAUGAAACAGUCGAGACCCUGUAAGGUUGUGAAAGCAAAAUACUCGUCUUUACUCAGAGCAUUUAAGUGUCACGUUUCACUGAAUUAUGCUUUGAAUUGUAAAUAUAACAGCUUUUAUUUUUUCAUGUUUUGGCUGAUUGUUUUGUAAUUAAAGCUCUAAUUUAUAUGUUUAUAUGUUAACAUUUUUUGUUCAAUGUAAAAAUUAAAAAUACACA